AUGGUGGAGGUGGAGGUAUCAAAAACUCUUCCUUUUGGAUCUGAUUAUUUGGUAGAUGGUGUUAAAACAUGGAUAAAAUUCUCUUAUGCUCUACCGCCCUUCAAGAUUUGCCAAUUCUGUCGCUCUCUUGAUCACUCUAAGAACAGUUGCACACCAAAAAGGAGGGAUAUUCUAGCAUCAAAGAGUGCCCUAUCAACUUCCCAAUUGGUAAAUCCAGCUUUCAACUCUUCUGGUUUCAACCUCAAUGGGAAAAAACCUUCUACAAGUAAGCCUCCAACAAACCCAUUUGCUGCUCUUAGUCAUAUGGAGGAAGAUGUGGUAACCAACUACGAAAAGCAUGUGCGCACAAAGAAACCUAACUUUCAUCAGCCUGCUGACAAGUCUAAGACUAAGGAGGUGAUGAUUCAGGCCCAAACCGAGAUACCCAUUACUGACCCGAUAUACCCACCAGGUUUCGGCCCUUUCCCCAAAUACCCACAAAUCAUUUCAACUCAAAAUCCAAUUCUCGAGUCUCAGAAGAAGAAAUGGAAAAGAUCGAAAUCUAGAAAUUCUUCAGAAAAUCGUAUCCUGCAAGCUUCUUCUACACCCUCUGAUAAGCAAAAGAGAGAAGAUGAUCAUCUCCCCAAAAUCUCUCAGAAGAAACAGAAACAAGCUUCGACCCCAGCCUUAAUCCAAAUUGAUGAAACCAACCCAAACCCUAACUUUCCAAAAGAUCUUUCCCUAACCUUUCAAGAAGGCUCUACUGAUAAAACCCUAAUUUUGAACAAAAGAUCCAAGUCCAUUAAGUCUCAAAAGGCAGUCAAGGAUGCAAAGGGGAAGAGACUUGUAAGAGAUGCUGGAACUAAAGUGGUUGAAGAUGCUGCUUCUUUGCCUGCAAAUCAUUUGGAGAUUGGCGCUAGUCAGCUCCCUCAGGCGAGACUCUUGGUAGAAGAACAAGAGGAAUCAGAAGCCAUGGAAAAGAAGAAGGUGACUGCACAGCAGCUCAAGACGCUUUAGACUGGGCCACUCAGCUGCAAUGCAAAUCUUUCAAUCUUCUAGGAACCAAUCACGGCAUCAUGGAAGCUCUGAAAGGAAACAAAAGAAACACCAGCUGGAGAACAAAUGUCAGCAUAGAUAAUCUUAUUUUGUGUCUCAAAAACUUUGACACUAUCUUUUGUAAAACUAUUAAAUAUGGCUAUAUGCCUGACCUCCUAAAACUA